AUGUUUCCAUUAAGCUACAAUGCCAACGACGCCAUCUCCUGUAGUGAUCAACAAGCUUAUAACAUGCCCUUGUUCAGUGAUAUCAUUUCCUAUCCCAAACAAGAUGUCCCUCCUCCUUUAUCUCUCUGCUUGCCCUCUCCUUUUAUCCCUUGUGAUCAGCAAGAAUUUGAAGACCAUCUUAUUUUUCUCCAACAAAACUAUGACCUUUUUUUUCAGGAGCAACCCUUGAGAGCUACAGCUACUAGUACUAAUCUAUCCCAGAGUACUGUUGUUAAUAACAUGGCGGAUUCCAAUAAAAGUGCCGUUAUUGAGCUAGCCGGAAUCUGCAACAAGAAAUCCAACAACAGCACUGAUCAGAUCCUAAGAAAGAGAUCUUCAAAGAGAGAUCGGCAUAGCAAGAUUAACACGGCUCAAGGACCAAGAGAUCGGAGAAUGAGAUUGUCACUAAAGGUUGCCAGAGAGUUCUUUGAUCUGCAAGACAAGCUACGCUUUGAUAAAGCUAGCAAGACUGUUGAAUGGUUACUCAUACAGGCAAAGAAUGAAAUCAAGAAACUAUCCAGUGGCUCCCCCCAUAUGAAUUAUAGCGGCAGUGAUGGCACCAAGAGUGCAUCUUCUACUUCUGAGCGUGAAAUGCUGACCGAAAUCAAUAUUGAAACUACCACGAAAGGGAGGAAUGUUUCCAAGGGUAGAUCCUCACCAUGUGUCAAGAAAGAGAGGACUAGGAGAGCAUCAUCGCGUAAAACUCCAUUCAACCCUUUUGCAAAGGAAUCAAGGGAGAAGGCAAGAGCAAGAGCGAGGGAGAGAACGAAAGAAAAGUACUUGUGCAGUCGAAGAAUCGACAAAUUGAAGUUUUCUGAAGAAUCAUCAAACAAUGAAUUGAAUCAAUUCGCAGGUUGUUGGGAUACUCCAUUAGAAACUGGUGAUCAAGAAUCUGGCACUCACAAUUUUAAUCCUUCCUUAGAAGUUCAGCUAGCUGAAGUUGAUGUGGCAAUCUAUCACGAGCGAGAGAAAUUACGUACUCCAGAGGGCAUGAUUGAUGAAAACUUGGUGAUUAUGGGCAAGUACUGGAGUCCCUCUUUUCUCAAUAAUCUGCACAACACUGGAACUCCUGAUCAGGAGCAUCAAUUCUCAGACUUUCAAUACAAGACAUGGGAUCAGGCAUGCACCAUUGGCAGUAUGUGCUAGCAUGGAUAUUCAUCUCUCUCACCACCCUUGAGCUGUCAAGCGGACAAAGAUUUGAAGAAUACUAUGUAUGGUUUGUUUAUCUGGUUGGACCGUGCGCGCGCAUAUAUAUAUUUAUUUAUUUAUAUAUCAUGUAUGUGUUUUAGCUUUGCAUCUGGAGAUUUUCCAGCGAUGUGCUUUCUCAAUGAUUGUUAAGUAGUUUAAUUUUAAUGAAAUCAAGAGUUGUGUGUU